ACAGGAGAGAAACCAUAUCACUGUGAUAUCUGUGGUAUAUCAUUCUCUCAUAAUAGUGUCUUAACUAGACACAAACGUAUUCAUACAGGAGAGAAACCAUAUCACUGUGACGUCUGUGGUAAAUCAUUCUCUAAUAGUAGUCACUUAACUAAACACAAACAUAUUCAUACAGGAGAGAAACCAUAUCACUGUGAUAUCUGUGGUAAAUCAUUCUCUCAAAAUUUUGACUUAACACAGCAUGAAUAUAUUCAUACAGGAGAGAAACCAUAUCAUUGUGAUAUCUGUGGUAAAUCAUUCUCUCAAACUAGUAGUUUAACGAAACACAAACGUAUUCAUACAGGAGAGAAACCGUAUCACUGUGAUAUCUGUGGUAAAUCAUUCUCUCAUAAUUGUGUCUUAACUAUACACAAACGUAUUCAUACAGGAGAGAAACCAUAUCAUUGUGAUAUCUGUGGUAAAUCAUUCUCUCGAAAUAGUAGCUUAACGAAACACAAAUAUAUUCAUACAGGAGAGAAACCACAUCAUUGUGAUAUCUGUGGUAAACCAUUCUCUCAAAAUAGUAGCUUAAUGAAACACAAACGUAUUCAUACAGGAGAAAAACCAUAUGAUUGUGAUAUUUGUGGUAAAUCAUUCUCUAACAGUAGUAACUUAACGGAACACAAACGUAUUCAUACAGGAGAGAAACCAUAUCAUUGUGAUAUCUGUGGCAAAUCAUUCUCUAAAAGCAGUACAUUGACUAGACACAAACGUAUUCAUACAGGUGAAAAACCAUACCAUUGUGAUAUCUGUGGUAUAUCAUAUUCUCAAAUUAGUGACUUAACGAAACACAACUCUAUUCAUACAGAGACGAAUGGGAAAGAUUCCUUAAAAAUGCUCCCAAAAUGUGCUGGACAACCGAGUUUACACAAAACAAUCCACAGUGCCUCCCUGUUUACCAUGUCAAAUGCCUUAGUUAAAUCUAUGAAGACCUGGUAUAGUGAAAAUAUGUUCAUUGUUCCUCGCUCAGGUCUGAAACCACACUGUUCUUCAAGAAUUACAUGUGGACACACAUUCUCAACAAAACGAUCUAACAUGAUCCUUGAAAGCAUCUUCGUGACAAAGGUAACCCUGGACAGAAAUACAGCAGUAAGAGCAUUUGUAAGGAAUAAAGUAAGAAAAAUAUAUAAACUGGGAUUUGAGAGGAAAAUAAUGGAAAAGAGUGAGAAAAGUAUAGAAUUGAUUUCCUCUGAACCCCUGAUGAAAGAAGAAAGGAAAUUGUCAUAUGACUGUGAUGUCUGUAAAAAGGUCUUCUCCCUAAAAUGUAACCUAAUUUCCCACAAAUGCAUUCAUGCAGGAGAAAAACCUUUUUGCUGUGAUAUCUGUGGUAAAUCAUUCUCUCAAAAUAGUCACUUAACUGCCCACAUGUGUACUCACUCAGAAAAGAAACUGUAUCAUUGUGAUAUCUGCGGUGAAUCUUUCUCCCAAAAUAGUAGCUUAACUAGACAUAAACAUAUUCAUACAGGAGAGGAAUCCUAUCAUUGUGAUAUCUGUGAUAAAUCAUUCUCUCAGAGUAUUUCAUUAACUAGACAUAAACGUAUUCAUACAGGAGAAAGAUCAUAUCACUGUCAGAUUUGUGGUAAAUCAUUCUCUGAAAAUAGUAACUUCACGAAACACAAACGUAUUCAUACGGGAGAGAAACCAUAUCACUGUGAUGUCUGUGGUAAAUCAUUUUCUCGAAAUACUCACUUAACUAGACACAAACAUAUUCAUACAGGAGAGAAACUUUAUCUGUGUGAAGUGUGUGGUAAAUCAUUCCCUGAAAAUUCUACCUUAAUAAAACACUGUCGCAUUCAUACAGGAGAAAAACCGUAUCCUUGUGAAGUCUGUGGUAAAUCAUUCUCUGAAGAUAGUGACUUAACUAAACACAUACGUAUUCAUACAGGAGAGAAGCCGUAUCACUGUGAUGUCUGUGGUAAAUCAUUCUCUCGAAAUAGUCACUUAACUAGACAUGAACGUAUUCAUACAGGAGAGAAACUGUAUUCAUGUGAUGUGUGUGGUAAAGCAUUCCCUGAAAAUGCUACCUUAACGAGACACUAUCGUAUUCAUACAGGAGAGAAACCAUAUCACUGUGACGUCUGUGGUAAAUCAUUCUCUGAAAAUAGUACCUUGACUUCACACAAACGUAUUCAUACAGGAGAAAAUCUAUAUCAUUGUGAUUUCUGUGGUAAAUCAUUCCCUGAAAAUGCUACCUUAACAAGACACUAUCGUAUUCAUACAGGUGAAAAGCCGUAUCACUGUGAUGUCUGUGGUAAAUCGUUUUCUCAAAAUAGUGCCUUGACAUCGCAUAAACGUAUUCACACUGGUGAAAAACCAUAUCAUUGUGAUUUCUGUGGUAAAUCAUUCUCUGUGAGUGGUUUGUUAACGAGACACAAACGCAUUCAUACAGGAGAAAUACCAUAUCAUUGUGAUAUCUGUGGUAAAUCAUUCUCUCAAAAUGUUCACUUAACUAGACACAAAGGUAUUCAUACAGGAGAGACACCAUAUCAUUCUGUCAAAUGUGACAAGUCCUUCCUUCAAAAAAGUGACCUACUUAGGCACAAACGUAUACAUACAGGAGAGAAACUAUAUCAUUGUGACAUUUGUGGUAAAUCAUACUCUCACAGUAGUACAUUACCAAGACACAAACGUUCCCAUACAGGAGAAAAGCCAUAUCAUUGUGAUAUCUGUGGUAAAUCAUUUUCUCAAAGUGAUACCUUAACAAAACAUAAACGUAUUCAUACAGGAGAGAAACCUUAUCAUUGUGAUAUCUGUGUUAAAUCAUUUUCUCAAAACAGUAACUUAAUGAUGCACAAACGUAUUCAUACAGGAAAGAAACCGUAUCAUUGUGAUAUCUGUGGUAAAUCAUUCUCUGAAAAUAAUGUUUUAACUAAACAUAAACGUACUCAUACAGGAGAGAAACCAUAUCAUUGUAAUAUCUGUGGUAAAUCAUUCUCUCAAAACAGUAACUUAAUGAUACACAAACAUAUUCAUACAGGAGAGAAACCUUACCAUUGUGAUAUCUGUGGUAAAUCAUUUUCUCGAAAUAAUAUCUUAACUUCACACAGACGUGUUCAUACUGGAGAGAAACCAUAUCAUUGUGAUAUCUGCAGUAAAUCAUUCUCUGAAAAUAAUGUUUUAACUAUACACAAACGUACUCAUACAGGAGAGAAACCAUAUCAUUGUGAUAUCUGUGGUAAAUCAUUCUCUCAAAACAGUAACUUAAUGAAGCACAAACGUAUUCAUACUGGAGAGAAACCAUAUCACUGUGACAUCUGUGGUAAAUCAUUCUCUGAAAGUAGUAAAUUAACUAGACACAAAUCUAUUCAUAUGUGAGAGAAAGUAUAUCACUGUGAUAUCAAGUAAAUCAUUCUCUCAAAAUUGUGAUUUAACAAGACACAAAUAUAUUCAUACAGAGAAGAAAGGUGAAAGGUAGUUUCGUUAGUUUCUUGUUUGCAAUAUAUUUUUA